UUACUGAUUGUCGGGCUGAGGGGGACUCUAAAGCAGCAGCAUAAAGUUGAUGCAUUUGUUGUAAACUUUCCAGCAUUCAAGCUUUAUUUGUCCGAGUUUGAUACUCCCCUCUGUGGGUGGAGAAGCCGAGGGACUGGCUGACGUCACCCAAAGAGUAGGGAUAAAGUGCAGUGCCCACAGCUUUGGAAUGAGUAAAACUUCUUAGGAGGUAUAAAAGGUCGGCUGCCCUGUCUGGCAGGUGCUCUGCUGUCAGCAGCCUUCCUCCUACAGCUCAACUCCUCACACGGACCCAAGGAAAAAAGAACAGUAACAAGAAAAAUCCGUCCACAAUGCCACAAAAUGUUGUUCUUCAAGGACCGUCACCCUGGGGAUUCAGGCUCUCAGGAGGAAUAGAUUUUAACCAGCCCUUAAUCAUAACCAGGAUUACACCCGGAAGCAAGGCUUCAGCUGCCAACCUGUGCCCUGGUGAUGUUAUUAUAGCUAUUGAUGGACUAGGCACAGAGAACAUGACACAUAAUGAUGCCCAGGAGAGAAUUAAAGCAGCUACACAUCAGCUUUGUUUGAAAAUAGAGAGGGCAGGAACUAAGUUAUGGUCCCCACAAGUUGCAGAAGAUGGCAGAGCACAUCCCUUCAAGAUAAAUUUGGAAGCUGAACCUCAGGAUAUCAACUACUUUGAACACAAGCAUAAUAUUCGGCCCAAACCCUUCAUAAUCUCAGGCCGAAGCAGUGGAUGCAGCACUCCUUCGGGGCUGGACUGUGGCAGUGGGCGCAGCACCCCCUCUUCCAUUAGCACGGUCAGCUCCAUCUGCCCCACCGAGCUGAAGGCAGUGUCUAAGAUGGCCCCUAAUGUCCCCCUGGAAAUGGAGCUUCCCGGUGUCAAGAUUGUACACGCCCAGUUUAACACACCUAUGCAGUUGUACUCAGAUGACAAUAUCAUGGAAACACUGCAAGGCCAAGUGUCUACAGCUCUGGGGGAAACACCUGUCAUAAGUGACCCAUCUCCCAACUCAAUGUCUCAGUCUGACGUGUACAAGAUGCUGCACGCUAACCAGGAGGAGCCCAGUCAGCCGCGCCAGUCUGGCUCCUUUAAGGUGCUCCAGAAUUUAGUCUCCGAGGAAGAUGGGCGCCCUAUGGGAACAAGAAGUGUGAAAGCACCUGUAACAAAGACACCUACUGCCAUGCCUGGUGUCCAGAAAGUGCCACUGUGUGACAAAUGUGGGAGUGGGAUUCUAGGGACAGUGGUGAAGGCACGUGAUAAAUACCGGCAUCCAGAAUGCUUCGUGUGCUCUGACUGCGAUCUCAACCUGAAACAAAAAGGCUACUUCUUUGUGGAGGGCCAGCUGUACUGUGAAGCUCAUGCCCGCGCCCGCAUGAGACCACCAGAGGGAUAUGAAACAGUCACGGUUUACCCAAAAUGCUAGUCCUAGGUUAACACACAAACGUAUGCAUGCACACAAAAAGCCUUUACCAGCUUAGAACUGCAGUACGAGUGUCAGGACUUCUGCCUAAAUCCAAAGUAGCAGCUUUUAAACCUUUCCCUGUGGGAUUCUGAGAGAGGCAGAAAUCCUUGUUAGCCAGCAAUAGUACAUUAUACCAGCAAAAUUCUGCUAAAAUAUUGGUUUUGAAACUGUCAAUAUAACUCAAGGAAGUAUAAACUAAAACAGCUCUCCUGGAAUACAAAAAGUGAAACAGCUGACGUAUUACAUGAAUGCUACAGCAUUAUGUACACAUAUAUAUAUAACAUACAUAAGUGCUGUAAGCAAGACAUUAUUUUUAACAUAAAUUAAGUAUUUGUGCAAACACCAACACCAUCAAAGUCUUACAGGCUGGGCCGCUACAAAUGUAGAAACUUGACAGAUUAGAAGAGCAGCAAUUUUACAUGUUUAGUACAAUACAAGCAGUUGUUCGUGUCUGCUAUUAUUCAACUAUCAUUAAUGUAUGCCCCAAACAUGUUUUGCUUACUUUGCUCUGAAUUUGGGGUUAUAGUACCUUAAUUUUCUGAUGCAGCAGCUGUGAUAAAAAUAAAUGUCAAGUCACACAAUAAAAUGGUUAAUAUAAUAAAGACUGGUUAGUAUGAAGCAAAGCAAAAGUUCUAUGUUGUCUUAAUGAUUUUCAAAUUAUAUCAACUUUCACAUCACUUUGCAGAAAAUUGUUCUAAGGCAUGCACACACAUAAAUUGUUUUUUUGGAAAAAGAACCUCACACUCUAAUAGGAAUUGUGAAUUCACUGUGAAUUGAGAAUGAAAACAAAUUUUAAAACUUUUCUGCAGAAAAUAAUACUUGUAUCUCCAAAAUAUUUUUGUAUCUCCAUUUUCCAAUUUCCAUACUAGAAACAAAGCCUGUGACAGGGAUAUAUCACCACAAUAUCUUUACUGCUGGUAAAUUAAAGCUUGGACAAUUUUAAAAUAAAUGUUAAUUAAAAUAUGCAAAGGCAAGGUAUUUUAUUAAAAAGCCUGGGGAAGUCCUAAGGAAUAAAAAAACCAAAAAGCUGAAGGAAUGUGGGUUUGUAAUCAGUUUCUGAAACUUGUCAAGGACUACAUUGUUUUCUGGUAGGUGCCAGCCACAUAAACACACGUAACAGUUAAACCAUACUUCUAGAAAACAUCAAACCAAGUCAUAAAUUCUUUAUUGGGGUAUUUUGAACCUGCUCUAAAGUAGAAAAAUCUACAAAAUCUACAAAAUUUUAUAUCAAGUCCACAAGACCAGCAAAAAAUUAACAACCCAGAGACAAACAAUCUUAUGUACUUUUUCGAUUCUAUAAUGUAAGAAGCCUAUAAUACAAGUAGAAUAUGGAAUCAAAAUUAAUUAUACAUACUCCAAAUUUAUCUUAACAAUUCACAAUUCCCAAAGAUUUAAAUACAAUGUCCACACACUCAAAGACUUUUCAAAAUGUCUUAAAGUAUUUUUUCAGAACUCAAAAGUUUUAAAAAUGUGUGUGUCACUGCAUUUAUUACCUACAUUUCCAUAUCAAAUGCAGAGAUUAAAAAAAAAAAAAAGUGUUGCAGCCUUUUCAAGGUUAGUUCCUGAAUUACUUUUGGGCACAAAAUACAAUUCUGCUCCUCAGGUAUCCUGGAGGAAAUGUGUAGUAUUAAUAUUUUUCCAUUGAUAAAGCUCAUAAAUCUGAAAAUUCUUUUGAAAAUAAGAGUGUGCAUAAUGUCUAUUUUUACAAACUUUAAAUGUCAUUGGUGUUUUCAAAUGUUUGUUUAAUUUCUAUGUCUUUGUGGAGUAACUAAAAGUAAAAAUAAAUCUACUACAUAUGAUA